UGGCUGCUAGCUGGCAAUGACCAAAUUCCAGACCAGUCAUUCCGUGCCCUCUGUCCAAACAACUUAUGUUUCGAAAUCACCGUGCUCAAAGUUUUUUCUUUUGUUGUAACUCUGCACAGCAACCGGAAAGCCGUCAGGAAUAUUUGCGCAUGCACUGACUGCUGGAAAGGCCAGUUUUCGUCAUUCCUCUGAAUUGCUUUUGAAAAGCCUAUGUCCUACACUGCUCAGGUUUCAGUACCAGCCUGCUCAGUGCCUCUCACCCCAGAUGGGUAUAUCGCUGGAGUAGACAAUGCUGUAAAUCUCUCGCAUUGAAUCUUGCAAUCAGGCCCUCUCAUAGGAAAGGAUUUAUUGCUCAUCUCUAGGCCUCAAGCUCUGACCUGCACAGACAUGAGUCAAAAGGACACCUCCGUUCAGGAUCAGCUUAAGAGUUAUUAUGGCAAACGACUGAAAAGAUCGGAAGAUUUGCAAACCGAUGUUGCCUGCUACAAAAUAUGCACCCCCCUCAGUAAAUCAGCUGCUGAUGCUAUGAGACUCAUCCAUCCAGAGGUUACUCAAAGGUAUUUCGGAUGCGGGCUUGUAGUGCCAGAAAGCCUGGAAAGAUGUCAUGUGUUGGAUCUGGGAAGCGGGUCUGGGCGGGACUGCUACGUCCUGGGCAAGUUGGUGGGACCUAAUGGCCAUGUCACGGGAGUAGACAUGACUGAUGAGCUAAUUCAACUGUCCCGCAACUACAUCUCAUAUCAUCAGGAGAAGUUUGGAUACACAGAAACAAACACGGAAUUUAUCCAGGGAUACAUCGAGAAGCUUGGAGAAGCUGGGAUUCAGUACAACAAAUUUGAUGUUCUGAUUUCGAACUGUGUGAUCUGCCUGUGCCCAGAUAAAAAGGCAGUCUUUGCGGAAGCCUACAGGGCCCUUAAGGAAGGUGGAGAGAUGUAUUUCAGUGACAUGUAUGCGAGUGAGCCUGUGGAUGAAAACCUGAAGAAGGAUUCAGUGCUUUGGGGGGAGGGGCUGGCAGGUGCUCUCUACUGGAAGGAUCUGAUCUGUCUGGUGAAGGAGCUUGGAUUCAGCACACCAUAUCUUGUCUCUGCAAGUUGCAUUGAAAUCCAAAAAGCUGAACUUGUUCAGAAAACUGGAGAUGUGAAGUAUGCAUCUGGAACUUAUCGAUUUUUCAAACUCCCUUUUGGUGGGACUGAUGAGAGAGCUUGGGUCACUUAUAAAGGGACAGUGACUGACCACCAGGAGAAGCUGAUAUUUGACUCUGUUCACACUUUUGAAAAGGACAAAGCAGUGGCUGUGGAUGGAGAGCUGGCCUUGGUGCUGAAGAUCUCACGUUUCGCACCUCAUUUCAUUGUCCAACCUGCUGAGCGUGAGGUACCAAUAAAAGAUGGACCCCAGCAGUAUUGCCACCUGAAUCCCUUCCAGUUGGCUAAUAAAUUGGGAUCAUCCAUUCAGCAAUGCUCCAAGACUCAAAAAGAUGGUCCUUGUGAAGAUCAAACUGAAGUGACAUGGAAAUGUGGAGAAGCAAAAAGCUAACUAUAUAUGCAAUAUUAACUGAAGACAUCUCACUGUUGCAGAUUCAGCAAGCUUGAAUAAAAAAAAACAGAAGAAAACAAAGUUGCCAUUAUUUCAUUGCUUCCUGUUUUAAGACUUCAACUUUGUGACCUGAGAUAGUAGGAACUGCCGAUGCUGGAGAAUCUGAGAUAACAAGGUGUAGAGCUGGAUGAACACAGCAG